CACACAGAUAGCAACCGCUUGCGCCAGCGACCCCGCGCGCAACCCGGCCCACGCGCGCAGCGCAUGUCACGUGGGGCGCACGCGGGACGGCGCGCAUGAAGACAAGGUCAGGAGGAAGACAGCGAGAAGGCUAAAUCCAGAGAGAGGGACAGAGAGAGAGAGAGAGAAGGAAUCAUCAUUUACACGAGACGCCAAGCGUCCUCGUGGCAAGAGCGGGGAGCGCUUUCGCCACUUGAAUACGAGUGCCAGAGUGUGAACAUGGCCCAAAUGCAGCAAGGCACAAUAUUUCUCUAACUGAGGUCUGCGUGGGAUCUGUCACCAACAAACUCUACCUCGAUAUCGUCAUGCCUAGAAAGAUCUACUCUGCCGUGAACGCACGCCGUCGUCAUCUCUUGCACCACCGCACCUGGCUGCAAAAAUACAUGGAACAAUCCUCACCGAGCCCGAUGGAAGAACGGAAACGCAAGCGAGCAGAAGAGCUACACAAUAUCACGUUUAACGAGGCUGGCCUGGCUAUCAGCCCUCAGUGUUCGGACCCUGCUACCUGCUACUCGCUGACGCCCCAUCAAACACAAUUCCGCGCGCGCCAAGCGAACUCCUUCACUGAGGGCCCAGGUUAUUCAAACUCGUGUUAAAACGACAGCCAGGACAAAACUGCAUCUCGCCGAACGAGAUCAAGCAAAUCAUCCUCCGACGCCUUCUUCUGCUUCUCCGCAUGGCAGGAAACCACGGGCACUGCUAAACCCUCAUUGUACGUGGAGGGGAGCGACUGCACAAAGGAGAACUACACGGAGGAAGGGGGCACGAAGGCGGAAACCCACAUUGUGGAGAAGAGGAAGGGGCAGGACAAGGAGCAGCAGGGCAAGCUGGUCAACUGCGACGGCCCCGAGGGAAACAGCCUCGCCCUGGGGCACCACAGCAGCUUCAGCAGGGGCCUACAAUCGCUGAGCCACCACAACUCCGCCAACCACAUCCUGUGAAUGAUGACGCACCUGCACCUCCCCUCCUACAUCCUGCUGCUACUGAAUCGCCGCGCUGGCUCAACCUGGCCACGCUGCCGUUGAGGUUCCGCCACCGCCACCUGCACCACGCCCUGCCGCUGCACAGCAACGCUGGCGACGCUCCAUGGGAGGACUUGAACUGGGUCAGCAGGGUCCAACCAGCUCGCCAAGAAUGAGUGGUCGCUGCACCUAGACGACGUCCUCGGCAGUUCGGUGCAGCUCCACGAGGAGGUCGGCAGCAGCAACGCAAGGAUACCUCGAUGGCCAGGUUUGCGGCGUACCCUCCCCGACCAGAGGUGGACGCCCGAGGGUGCAACUGCGGCUGCCCAAUGCGUCGCCAGUGUGUGAAAUGUCGCAACAACAAGUGUUAUGACGGCCAGUGGCAGGGUCUUUGAUGUACGAGAUGCACCAAAUGCCGAAGCUCUUAGACCGACGACCCCAAGGCAAACUUCGAAAGCAAAGUUAAUUCUCGUCGCCCUCAUUCAGUUGGCGACUGUCCAGCGGCACCUCGUCCAGACAAGGGUCUGGACAAACGAACUUGCCAAUUCUGCCGCGCCCGACUUGAGACCGCACAGCAGCAGCCCGCAGAUAAACAGCAUUUGCACUGAAAUGUAUGUCAUCGUGUAUGUGACUAGCACGUCUUACAUGUGUACAGCGCAAUGUACUUCUACAGCAUGUGGGCCCUGCAGUUGCAUGUGA